AUAUUGCAUUAUGUGCGAUGAUCUACAAAUCGUCAUUACUUUCGAAUACCAAGCUAAAAUACAAUACUAGUGAUACCAAUGGAUCAAAAAAGAAAAAAAUCAUUUCUAUACACUUCAUAGGAGCAAAAAUGAACAGUGACAAUUUGACACUAAACGAAUAUGAAAAGCAAAGACUAGAAAAUAUACGUCGCAAUGAGGAAAUCCUUAGACAACUUAAUAUACCGGAAAUUGUUGUCUCGAUGAAACCAUCGCCAAAGCAAAAAAAGCCUAGACCAAAGCAACCAAAGAAAGAACCUAUGAUGCCAACGCGUAAAUCUUUACGAAUACGUGGUCUCAAGCCUGACGACCUCGCUACCAAACGAAAGACUGAAGAGGAAGGUCACGUGCUAGAGAAACGCGCUCGAAAAGAGGGCAACCUUGAUUUAAGCGCGAUACGUUCUGCAAACACGUCCCUUAGUGAUACAAAUCAUUUUAUUGGCAUUUUGUCGGGUCUGACAAAAUCACAACCGAACAAUGAAGAUAUCGAUCGCAGCGCUGUUGAAGGCGAUGAAAGGCUUCGAUCAGUUCGAUGGGCGUGUCGGUCGCUCGUUAUUGGACAACAGUGGCCAUCUGUUAAAGUAACACCCGAACGAAUUCAUUGUGUAGCUGUUCACCCUGCAAAGGAUAAAAUAUUAGUUGCUGCUGGAGACAAGAUUGGAUCGUUAGGCUUCUGGGACGUUAAGGAUAAGAUUGAAUUGGAGGAUGGAAAUUAUGGACCGCGAACUUACAUGUUUAAGGCUCAUACGAAGUCCCUACUAACCUCUAAAUAUUCUCCCAUUGACUCCAACCAACUCUUCACUUGUUCUUAUGAUGGAUCAAUUCGUUAUUUGGAUCUUAACCAAGCUAAAUUUUUAGAAGCUUUUGCUCCCGACGAGCAUUAUCCUCUGUCUUGCAUGGAUCUCCAUCCUAACUCAAAAAUAAUUUAUUUUUCAACAAAUCACGGAACGUUUGGCAUCAAAGACCUCCGCGAAUCCACAAAAACAUUUAGAGAAUAUACUUUGCACUACAAAAAGAUUGGAUGCGUGUCUAUUAAUCCACACCAACAUGAAUUACUGGUAACUUCUUCUUUGGACAGAUCUAUUCAACUUUGGGAUCUUCGCAACCUGAAGGCCAAUGAGAAUACGUCUAUUCAAAAGCUCACAUUCGAUAAUUCGGCCACGAGCUGCUAUUGGAGUCCUAAAGGCGAUCAAAUAGUAUCUACUUGCUAUGAUGAUACGGUGAGGGUACUUAAACUUGAUGCUGAAAAAAAUUUAAACUCCUCUUUUGUUAUUCCACAUGAUAACAAAACUGGAAGAUGGGUAACCGCAUUUCGUGCGACAUGGCACCCAAACUCGGAUGUUCAUCCUCACUUUAUUAUUGGAAACAUGAGAAGAUCGGUCGAUGUGUUUUCUAGUAUAAACGGUGAAUUGAUUUGGAACGUUAGAGAUGAAGAAAGGUUAACCGCCAUACCCGCAGUUAAUGCGUUUCAUCCAAGACUCAACUUCAUCAUAAGUGGAAAUGCUUCAGGAAGGAUGGUUGCAUGGGAGGAAAAGAUUAGACCAACACCUACGGUUUUAAUUACAAAGAAUAAUCGCUAA